AUGAAGAUCGUGGUAAGAGAAUCAACGACGGUUAAGCCGGCAAAAGAAACACCGAAGAUCAAUCUAUGGAACUCUAACCUUGAUCUGAUAACCCCGCCUAUUCAUGUACCGGUUGUGUAUUUCUACCGGCAGCCCAAUGGUGCCCCCGCUAACUUCUUUGAUGCUAAAGUAAUGAAGGACGCCCUUAGCAGGGUUUUGGUUCCCUUUUACCCCGUAGCAGGGCGAUUUACUAAGGAAGACGAGAAAGAUGGUCGGGUGAUGAUCAAUUGUCAAGGACAAGGUGUAUUGUUUGUGGAAGCGGAAUCUGAUGGUGUGAUGGAUGAUUUGGGUGAUUUUGCACCCACGUCUGAGGUCCAGAAACUAAUCCCGACUGUGGAUUACUCACUAGGAAUGGAAGUAUUUCCGCUAGUUACUGCCCAGGUAACUUACUUCAAAUGCGGGGGGGUUUGUUUAGGAGCUUCGAUGCACCAUUACGUUGCCGACGGGAUAUCUGCGAUACACUUCCUUAACUCUUGGGCCGAAAUGACUAUGGGCCGAAACCUCACUCUCCCACCCUUCAUUAACCGAACCCUCCUUCGGGCUCGGAAUCCACCACAACCAGUUUUCGAACACAUCGAGUACAAGCCCACUCCAACAUCGAAUUCCCCAAUCCAAUCCCCAUCAAGUGAUCAGCCCAUGGUCUCAAUUUUCAAGUUAUCACGAGAACAACUUAAUUUCCUCAAAUUGAAAUCAAAAGAAGAUGGCAACAAAGUUAGCUACAACUCCUUUGAAUUGCUAAUGGGCCAUCUUUGGAAUUGUGUGUGUAAAGCCCGUGGGCUAAAGAAUGAUCAAGAAACCAAGCUAUAUAUAGCCACCGAUGGCCGUGUUCGUUCUCAGCCCUCAUUACCUCUCGGUUAUUUUGGGAAUGUUGUCAUGACAACCGUUCCUGUAGCAAUUGCAGGUGAAAUCAAAUCUAAUUCUAGCUCGUACGCAGCUAGUAAAGUUCACGACGCACUAGAAAAGAUGGACAACGACUAUUUAAGGUCAGCACUCGACUAUUUAGAACUAGAGCCCAAUUUACUGGCUAUUGCGUAUGGUAUGGCGGAGACUUUUAAAUGCUCGAAUCUUGCAAUAACUAGUUGGUCUGGCAUCUCGGUUCACGAUGCUGAUUUUGGAUGGGGAGAGCCUAUAUAUAUGGGGCCUGGUGGCAUUGCGUUGGAAGGUUUGGCUUUCGUGUUACCAAGCCCGAUCAAAGACAAAAGUGUAUCGAUAGUCAUUUCGUUGCAAGCUGAACACAUGAAGGUUUUUAGCAAGUUAUUUUAUGAAAUCUUCCGUGAGGAUUCUUCCUUGCCAUCGAAACUAUGAUUGCAAACGUUGCUUUAUUAUCAUCAAUUUGUACUUCCCGUCCCACUAAACUUGUCAACUUUUAAAUUUUCAAAGUCAAACUUUACGAACUUUAACCAUAUA